AUGUUGGCUCCUGCUAAACAAGUUAACCCUAUUUUCACUAAAAGACCAAGCCUUGAACAACGUUACUACGAAGUAUUUAAUCAGGAUAAUGUUGACAUUGUCAAUAUUAGGGAUACCCCUAUUACCGAAGUCACCGAGACUGGAUUGAGAACCUUAGAAAAGGAAUACGAUUUUGACAUUAUUAUAUAUGCUACUGGUUUCGAUGCAGUUACAGGUGGAUUUUACCAAAUCGAUUUAAAGGGUAAAAAUAGCGUAUCACUUCGAGAAACCUGGAAAAAUGGGACUUAUACUCAUUUAGGUAUGACAAUUUAUGGGUAUCCUAACUUAUUUUUCAUGUAUGGACCUCAAGGCCCAAGUGCUUUCUGUAAUGGCCCCACUUGUGCUUUAACUCAAAGUGAGUGGAUUAGAGAUGCCAUUAAUUAUACAGAAAAGAAUAAUUACAAAAGAAUUAGGCCUACUUUGGAAGCUCAAUUAGGUUGGAAAAAGUACAUUAACGAUGGAGCCAACAGUACAUUGUUACCCAUUGCAGAUUCAUGGUAUAUGGGUGUUAAUAGAGAAGGAAACAAACCCAAAGAGUGUCUUCUUUAUGUUUAUGGUGCUAACAACUAUUUUAAGGAUAUUUCAAAAGAAGCUGAAAAUGGCUAUGAGAAUUUUUCAUUUUUAUAG